CGAUAGUUGUGGGUUUGUUAACCUCCACUUUUUGACGCAUGCGCUCUUCGCGAACUGCGGACUUGGGCUAAAUGUGAGUCAAAGAUUAGCUCGUAUUAAACUUGAGGCUAACUUUGUGCACGAGCCCGGCGUUUGUAGGGUUGAGUAACGGCCUCGGACCUUCCGGUGUCUGCGCUAGCAAGCAGGCUAACUUGGUUAACUGCAGCCAGCAGUGCGCCGCUAAGUUAGCUAACGCUGGUUACUCGCAGAGAGGACUCAGCGGGCCACGAGUUAGGAAUAAUGAAACCGAGCGUCGUUUUGGGGUUUAAAAAGUUGUGAACUGAAUAAUGCAGCUCGUAAAAGUCUCUUUAAGCCGCCGUGAAUAGUCAGAGAAAUGUGGAAGUGUGAGUUUGGAGUCGCGUUUAAGUUUUCAGUUCAGAGUAUCAAUAUUUGAACGUCUGCUGCAGUUUGAAAGUAAACAAAUUGGACGCUACGCGGCUCGACGCCAGAAAACUCUGAAGUGUGUACGUUAGCUAGUUUUACCAGCUGUUUGGUCGAGGUGUGCAGCGUAACUAACUGUAGCUCGUAGUAUCGCCGGCUGUUUUGUGAGUAUUUGCUUAAGUUAACGAGGGAAUCUGUUUGGAGCCGAGAGUGCUGUAUGGGCCAUGGGAACCGAUGUGUGCGCGCGCGUGCCCGCUCUUGGCGUUGGUCCAAGUGAAUGAACUGGCUGUGAAGUCCCGAUGGGCCCGCGGAGCUGCAGUUAGUGUCAUGCUUGUUAGCGUUAGCUUUAAAGCAGUUUUUGGGUCUAGACAUCAGAGAGCCGCCAAAGUCCUCGGGACUCCCAGCACCAGCAGGUGGAUUUAAAAAGCUGGGAACCUCUUGCCCGUCUUCCUCAUCUGGGACCAUUUCAGAGGCUAGGUCAUUGGCUUCACAUAACUGGGCACAGCACAAAGAAACAUUACAGCCGUCAAGGUGGAACAAGAUGGCUUUCUGGUCCGAGCGUGCCAUCAGCAUGGUGGAAGGUGACACGGGAGGGCUGGGUUGGGCAUCCAUUGAGCCCAGUCUUGACAAGCCUGUGGCCAUGUCAAGCACGGUGUCCCUGCCCACCUCGGCGCCCUCCCUCUCUCCUGCUGCCACCACCACCUCAUCCCGCUAUAAGACUGAACUCUGUCGCACCUUCACCGAAAGGGGUGUGUGCAAGUACGGCAGCAAAUGCCAGUUUGCACACGGGGCCGAGGAGCUGCGGGGCAUCAACCGACAUCCUAAGUACAAGACAGAACUGUGCCGCACCUUCCACUCAAUUGGCUUUUGCCCCUAUGGCAUUCGCUGCCACUUUGUGCACAACAAUGAGGAUGACCAUGCGCACGCCCGGCCCCAACCCCAGCCCCAGGCUUCUGUUGCGACCACCCAGCGUCCACCCCUACUCAAGCAUAGCUUCAGCUUCCCUGGCUUUCCAUCUGCUUUCCAGCCCAUGGAGCCUCCGCUUGCCCAGUCCUCGUUUUUCCGGGUUCCUUCAGCCUCCUCAGCUUCGCCCCCAGCAUCAACCACCAUUUCCGAUCUCCUGAACCUGGCCUUCCCGGAGUUUAGCCCGGGGUCCAGCAUGGACCAAGCUUGGGAGUCCAUGCCCCAGUUUCUGCCCUCUCCUGACUCUGGGUGCUCCCACGGAGAGCAGACCCCCACAUUGUCGCCCUCCCAGAUUGUCCCCAGCCAGCCAGAGGGGUGCCCCAGACGGAGCCCGACUUGUGGGGUCUCCCUAGGCUCCAGAAGCCUAUCUCUCACCUCCCUGUCUGACCACGAAGGAGGUUGCAGCAGUUCGGCCAGCAGCCUGAGUGGCUCCGAUUCCUCUUCCGCUUUUGAUGGCACAUGCCGGAGGCUUCCUAUCUUCAGUCAACUGUCAGUGCCUGAUGACGGCUUCUGCAGCGAGGGCAGCGCCAGCAGUGCAAGCUUCUUCAUGUAGAACUUUGAGGAGCAUCACAAGGACUGAACUGUAUACUGUGGUAUACUUUAUGUGCAAAUACUUGAUGUUUUCUAGCUAAGCUUCAAGCGAAGGCUCAUUCUUGUACAAUCGGCUGCAAAGUGUCUUAAACUCAACCAUGAAGCAAAGAAGGAUCUCAUGCUUUUAAGUGCAGCGAUCACAAUGUGAUUUUUCUUAAGUGACUAACAAAAGAGAAGAAUGUGAUUUGGUGAGUUGCAGCCUGGGCCUUUGAGUGAGACACAUUGUAGAUUUGGGAGUAUUUAAGAAAAAUAUUUAAAUGAGUAAACAUUCAAAAGAAUUAUAUAAAAAAAAAAGCCAAAGAGAAGUUAUGACCAAUUCUUUAGCCUUUUCAUGCGAAUGUUCAAUAGAUUCAGUGUUGUCUUACUUAAGUUUCGAGAUAAGGCUCUGUCUCUUAAUGUCCAUGCACCACUGUUUUCAUACAGGUUUCUUCCACAGACUGCUGCGUUUAGAAAAUAAAGUGUUUACAGAAGUUGUUCAUAAAGUACUGUUGAGCAGCAGAGUUUUUGGACCUAAGAGUCGUUCCUUCUCCUGUAAUUAUUGUUGGGUUCGUUUCCAGACCUAAGGUUAGUGACUUUGUUAGCUGGCUUCUGGAAAUUUCCACCUAGAUAUUUGGUAUUCUAUAGGUUUUCUCGACCUCUUAGAUCUUGUGGUAAUGUAUUAUUAAGCAGGUUUGUGUGUGAGACUUAAGGAAUCCUU